CGGCGCGGCCAGAGGCGCGGAGCGGCGCGGAGCCCGGAGGAGCCGCGGAGAUGCUGAGCUCGCCCUGGGCGCGCUUCUACUCCAACAGCUGCUGCCUCUGCUGCCAUGUCCGCACCGGCACCAUCAUCCUGGGCAUCUGGUACCUGAUUAUCAACUCGGUGGUAUUGUUGAUUCUGCUGAGCGCCCUGACUGAUCCUGACCAGUACCACCUAACCAGUGCUGAGUUAGGGGGUGAAUUUGAAUUUAUGGAUGAUGCCAAUAUGUGCAUUGCCACAGCAAUUUCUCUUCUCAUGAUUCUGAUCUGUGCAAUGGCUACAUAUGGCGCAUAUAAGCAACAUGCAGCUUGGAUCAUCCCUUUCUUCUGUUACCAGAUCUUUGACUUUGCUCUCAACACGUUGGUUGCCAUCAGUGUACUCGUCUAUCCCAGCACAAUUCAGGACUACCUCCGCCAGCUGCCCACCAAUUUUCCCUACAAAGAAGAGAUUAUGUCUGUGAACCCUACAUGUCUGGUUGUGAUUAUCCUCCUCUUCAUAAGUAUCAUUUUGGCUUUUAAGGGUUACUUGAUAAGCUGUGUGUGGAACUGUUACCGAUACAUUAACAGCAGAAACAACUCAGAUGUGUUGGUGUACAUUACCACCAAUGACACUGCGGUCCUGUUGCCACCGUAUGAUGAUCCUGUGAACGGAGCUGCUAAAGAUCCACCACCACCUUAUGUGUCAGCAUAAGUGAGAGUGUGCUGUGUACCUAGGGAGGAUAGCUUUACUUUUCUGACAUUGGAGCAAUAGUUUGAUAAUUUCACUUCCAGGAUAUAACCUCUGUGGGUUACACUUUGCUGUUUUGCUGACAUAUUGAAACUAAAUUGUAUGAUUAAAAUUCUGUAGAUAGUUUUAAUAAUUUGCUGCAACUACAGUAGUGUUUCAGAAACUAGUGAACUAGUUUCAGAACUAUUCUGGGUAGCGCUAAGGUUACAGUAGUCACGGAAUAGCUUUUCCCACCAUGUCUGACAUGCAGUGAUAGAGAACAUAGAACUUUGCAUUUUCAAUCAGGUUCAGAGUGUGACUUUCUUUUUUUUAUUCGUAAAACUUCCAAAGCAUUACAAAUGUGUUUGUCAGAUGCCC